AUGACCCAGCAGUUCCACAUUCCUCAGAUCUUCUUCCUGGGGUACAUUGUGUCUCAAGGCUGUGUACGGAUGGUCUCCCAAAAGGUAGAAGUGGUGAUCAACUGGCCGCGGCACAGCACUGUCAAGCAAGUCCAGUGUUUUGGGGGUUUUGCUGACUUCUACCGGAGAUUUGUGAGAGACUUUAGUUCUGUGGCUGCACCAUUGACAGCGCUCACCAAGGGCUCGGCUGGGCAUGUAAGCUGGAACUCUGCUGCUGAGAGGGCAUUCCAGGAACUGAAAUUAUGGUUUUCUUCUGCACCCAUUCUAGUUCAUGCGGAUCCUUCUCUUCCCUUCGGGGUAGAGGUAGAUGCCUCUGACUUUGGCAUGGAUGCGGUUCUGUCUCUGCGCUAA